AUGAAAAAAUUAGCAAAAGCCGGGGACCUCCCCUCCUGGAUGGUUGACGCGUUCGACGCCUACAUAUGGAUUGCAAAUAUGUCUGGGUCUGGAAACUUGUGAUGCUAUGUGGCAAUGAUGGAGCAUACUUCUGAGAGCAGCCAAGCAUGACAAAUUUUCAGGACGCUUCCUCAUGAUGUGUAAAUGCCCAUUAGAAACUGCGUUUUUGCAUAACAAAGCAUUCGCGCUUUUGUCGGUCACGCAAUACAGAUUUUACAGGAGUGCAAGACGAGCAAUACAGAUUCCAAUUUUUGCAGACCCAGACAUAUUCGCAGUUGAUACUACACGAAAGCGUACAAAAAAUUCGAAAACUUCGGUUUCCGGACCAACGGAAAAUCCAACGAAAUAUGCAUGGCAAAUGUGUCUGGGUCUGGAAAAGCUCAAAUUUGUGAUGCAUGCUGCGGGUCACACAAAAAUCUGUGUUGCGUGACUGCCAAAAGUUGCCAGUUUUGGUUAGGGUAGGAAGGAGUUUCUCAUGCAGGAUAGGCACGAUAAUGACCGCAGAAAAUCUGUCAUGCUAGGCUCUGCAUUAGAGAGCUCGUGGGGCUUUGAGGAGCUGCAUGACAAACCUUCGACUCUUCCAGGCCCAGACAUAUUUGCAUUUGAUACGAAAUAGACUGUCCGAAGGAUUUCAACCCGCUCGAAACCGAGAAGCACAUCCGCGUGACAAAGCGGAAGGAUUUUCCUUCGAAGGACUGGCGGGAUGCGCUGAAGAACAAAACCAAGCCGAUGGUUUUGGAGAUGCCCUACGUGAACCGGAAGGCGCUGGAUGAGAGGACGUGCGACGACGUAGACCCGCCCCAGCGGGAGCCGGGGAUUUUUGCGGCCCGAAGCCACGCACCUCCGGAGUUCGUGGCGGUCAGUUUAGGCGACGGGACAAGUAGAAGUACUGGAUCUUCUGGAGCAGGCAGCUAUGGAUUGCAAAAGUGUCUGGGUCUGGAAGAGUCAUGCUGUUUUUGCAUGACGCAGAAGGUCUGGCAUGGAAGCUCUAGCAUCACAGGUUUCGAGAGCCUUCCGCAAUGCCGAAUCCGCAUGACAAGUCCCCUAUUUUGCAGACAAAAAGUGGGAGCUUUUGCUACGUAUGCAUGAGAGACUUUUCUGUGUUCUGAAGUACGCAUUACAAGUUGCAUUCUUCCAGACCCAGACAUUUUUACAUUUGAUAGCAGCGGUAGUAGUACAACUCCCACGCCAUAUCAAAUGUAAAAAUCCCUGGAUGUCUGGAAACUUGUGAUGCUGGGUGGCGUCUCAUGAUGAGGCCAGAAAUGCUGGCUCAGCAUCACAAGUUUCUGAGCUUCUAUGUGUUGCCUAUUCUGCAUGACAACCUGCGUUUCUGCAUCACAGAAAAAUGGAGCUCUUGGGUAAGUUGCAUGACAGAUUUAAGAGUCAUGCCAGACAAGCAUGACAAACAUGCGUUCUUCCAGACCCAGACAUUUUUACACUUGAUACGCCACGACCGGCAACCACCAUGUUUUUCCGGAAAGACAACCUGUGCCAUCUUCGGGACGAGCUGCGCAGUGCAAACGUAUCGUAUUCGUAUAAAUGCAUUACAAAUUUUCUCAGCAUGAGAAGUGGAAUUUGUAAUGCGAAUUUACCUUAGGAAAAAGAUUUGCAAUGCAUGAUUGCAAUACGAGUGCGAUACUUUUGCACUUGAUACGAGCACUGCAUCGUCGACGAAAACACUGACUCCGACGCGGCAACCGUAAUUCGCCAGGAAUUUCUGGCUGAUUGGGGCGUGAAAAACAAGGGCCCGAAGAACGUGCAAAAGAGCCGUCGAUUUUUCGGAUUCAGGGGAACAAAUUCGCAAGACACCCCAGAACAAGAGCAAGGAGAAACCUCCGUCCGCCGGGGCGCGAGCGGCGAAGAAAAAACCGAAUUGUGGUUCGUGCCCAAGCAGCACAGCUGGUACCUGUGCGAAAAGAGUUCGCAGAAAUGCGUGCCCGAAGCCGUGGUCUCGCAGCCCAUCGACCGCAGCGAUCUCACCCCGGAAGAAGAGUUUGAAAGCAAAAAAGCUAAGGACACCGUGUGUCUCCGGCUGGACAGUUUUCAAACCAUGCGGGAUUAUGCGACAGACGGAACAACAAACGCGCUGACCGGAAAAACCAUCGCGGAGACAUACCAGCCGGUUUGCCUACCGAAACACGCGGUGCACGUUUUGCGGACGGUGGACCCAUAUCAAAUGCAAAUAUGUCGGGGUCUGGAAGUUGUCAUGUUGUUUUUGGAUUCUAAAAAAAUUUGUAUUGCAUGACCAGCAAGAGGGGGGUCCGCUUUGUGCUACGCAGACAGGGCAUUUCUCAUGCGGUAGAGGCAUCGCAAAGCCCUCUGAAAGUCUUUGGUGCUAGGUCAUGCAUUACAGGCACCAUGGGCCAUGAGAAAUAUGCAUGACAAGUCGUGCACUCUUCCAGACCCAGAUGUAGUUGCAGUUGAUAGCCCAACUAUCGCCGAGGGCAGCGCCGUCGAGGUGCGGCUUCUCCCCGGGGAGCCCCGGGCACAGUAUGCAUUGCAAAUAUGUCGGGGUCUGGAAGGAUGCAACUGGUCAUGCUAAAUCUGAAUCAUGUAAAAAUCUGAAUCAUGUACAAAGGCGCCUCGCGCCGGGCGAUUGACUUUGUAGCGGUGGGAGCGAACCACGCGAGCAUCUUUGAACAGCCGAAGCUGCAAAGAAUGAAGGUUGCUAAUACGCCUGAGGGGAGUUGCGAAAUGCUGGAAAAGCACGAGCACCCACUUGAGGAAGAGACAGACCACCUAGCGCUGCUUUUAGAUGUGGUGUGGCGCCCACAUUGGGCGGCACUGCGGAAGUUUGAGGAGGUCCUGCAGCAGAUGGCUAGGGAAAAGGCAGGAGUCCAGACAGAAUCUGGUCUGAAAUUUAACGCGACCUAUGCAGAAAGGAUCCCGCAGGGCCUGUCGACAGAAAAUCGGGUCAAGAUCUAUAAAGGAAGGAACAACUUCGAGAAAGCGGCCCCCUUUCCUAUGAUCACUGCCUGGCCUCGGAACACGCACAAGGCCGAGGCUUUGCAGAAGGCUUUUGAGGGAAAAGCGAUGCCAGAUCUUGAAAAAGAAGGGAUUCACCAGGUGGAGACGUGGAUGCAAGAGGUUCUAGUGGAUGAGAAACUCAUUGCCCCGAUUCCGGCGGAAAUGCCGAAGAACUUGCAGAAGCUCUUCGAGCGCGCAAAGCCAGAAAGGUUUGCGCAUAGAAAAAAAGGCACUGGCAAGGGCGGCAAGUGCACUUCGAAAGGGAAAGGCUCGAAGGGCUUGCCGGGGAUGAAAGGACGAAAAGGCUUCGGCAAGGUCAGGAAAGGCGGAAUUGUUCUCGGCAAGGAUGUGGCAAACACCGAGGACGAUCUGCAGCAGUUAGCGCGGGAAGCUAAGGAGACUGCAGAGAGAUGGGUAAAGUCUUUUGAGCACGAUUGUGACCCAGACCAAAUGGACAAUCAGUACAAAAGGGCGAAAGCAGCAAAACUACAGGUCUGUGGGGCACAACGAGGCGCGGCUGCAGGUGAGCAGUCUUGCCUGAAUAUAGGCUCGGAAGCUGACCCGGUCUAUGUCUAUGGCGCAGAAGAAUGCGCAGUGAAGAUAGCUGAAUUUCACUUGUCGAAAAACGAGCACAUUAGGCGAGAAGCCGGCAAGAGGCACACCUUUGACCGCGCUGAAUUUGCCAAAGCUUUGGGUGAAUUGACUCAAGCGGCCGACCUUGUUCCUGACAUCGAAAUUACAGGAAAAGACUUGAAGGCUCAUCUGAAGAGAGUCAACGGCGAAGCAGGGGGCGCAGACGGGAUGCGAGUCAAAGCAUUCCAAGGCUUAGGUAUGAAGCAACUCUGCAACUUAGCCCGGGGCUAUACGUCUUUCCUGAGGAAAGUCAAGAAGAUGAAGUUCGAACCGUGGCUGGAGGAUAAGGACCAGGUGAUCCAUCCUCUCCUGACUACCCUACAGGUAGAGCUUCUGGUCAAAGGGUUGGGGAACGACAUUAGGAAGCUGAGGACAGUCAUAAAAGGCACGCCGUGCUACAGACUCUUGCUCUCCUACCUCGUAUACAUUAGCGCCAGAGUUGCUGACUUAGGCGACAACUAUACACCAGCAGGUGCUGGGGGUAAGCCGGGCGCUUCCAGCGUUGUGACGGCGCUGGAGAUUCUGGGCACUAUAUACUCAGACGAGCUGCAGGAUGGAUGGAACAGGAAGCUAGAUGCUGAGCCGAAGAAAUUUUUGAAAUUGCAAAAGAAGAGAGAGGGGGCCCCCCGGAGUAAGGCCAGCAAACUUGGGGGCAAGAAGAGGGCAAAAGGGAGUAAGGGCACAAAAAAGGCUACGAAGGCAGCUAGUGCGAGUCCACUCGUUUUGCACGAGCAGAGCACUUUUGGCCUGGACAUCGAGAAGGGUUCACAAAGCAAAGCGAAGCAUGAGGCUAAGCCUCUAGCCGCGCCAGGGAGCCCAGCUGCUGCUGACAGGGAUGCUAGUGCUCAAGAACAGCCCUCCUCGGGGGAAGAAGCAGAGUGGCUCACUUGCCUAAUAGGAGUCGACGCCGCAAAUUUUUUCAAUAGUCUCUCGGUAUGCAGUGCGGCAAGGGUUUUGCGUGACGCUCGCAUACAUCCGGUGAUCAUCAAGUUGAUAAUGAUAGCCACGUACUCGAAAAAGCUGUAUUUGAGGAACGGCGAAGUUUUCGGAGAGAUUAGCGGUCACCAUGAAAUGAUCCAAGGCAGUGUAGACGCCAUGAUGUGCGGUAGUCUCCUCUUCAUGCCGGCAGUGCAUCAAGUGGCAAAGUUUCUUAGUGGGUGCUUUGAUGAAGAGGGGCGAGUGGUCCCCGACGCGGAACUUAGAAAGUUAGCGCAUACGAUGCGCAACGCAGUCGAGAAGCGCUACGCGUCUGGUGAAGAUUUGGACACUUCAUUCCGCAAGUACGAUGUCCGUACAGAGGUGGGCGAGCUCUUUUUUGAUGUAGGGACGAAUGGGGGCCAGUCAACAGGUUUUAGAAGGGUUGCGACACAGACGAGGGACGAUAAGCGCAAAGGACGUGUGCGAUUCGAGUAUCAGGACGGCAAGUUACAGAAUCCGCACAAAGCGGCGAAGCGUCGCGCAGCAACAGCCGUUCAAUUUAUCGAUGACGGCACAAUCUCCCUGCGUUUUAGGAAGCAGGAUAGACAAGCUGUGCACUGGAUUCUGCAACAGGUUUCGAAAAUCUAUGAAAGGAUGUACGUCAGCGAAGGACAGUUUUUGUCACCUGCGAAGAGCGAGCUCCUGUGCUCAGAUCAGGAGGUAGAGGCUUUCGCGUUGUUGCAUGCUUUCACGCCACUAGGCGUCCAACUGUUGCGGAAGAGAGCCACUCGGAUCCUCGGCGCAAUAAUAACGCUGCAAGGGAUAGACGAGCAGAGGGCGGCGACAAAGGGUCAGAUUACUAGCGCGAUUGGCCUUGGCCAGCACUUAGCUGCCAAAGUCAUGGCGAGUCAGAAAGAGAUGGCCGGGGAGGAACUCAGGUGGUUGGUGGUUAUGUUCUAUCUUUCGGGGCUGUUGUAUCUCCUUCCAUUGAUGCAGGUGAUCUUGCAGCCAUCGGACUGGGCUGACCUCCUGAUGGAUAUGGCCACUGCAGUGGCGGAGACACUGGGUUUCUCCAAAAGGGCGUGGGUCGAGCUGACUGCUAGAGCACAGCUGCAGCCACAGUGCUUCUACCGAGUAAUUUUCUCCGAGAAUUGUUUGGCGUUAAUCGACCCAUUUGUUAUGAGCAUCAAGCUCCUCCGGAGUGCCUGCCAGUCUAGCAUCCUGACGGAUAUGGACUUCCUAUUGCCUAAGGCGGUCUACCCCGUUAGAGUUCUGGGGGCGGGCGAGACUGGCAUCAAGUACAGCGAUAAGGAGGACCUGAAGGAACAGGCUAAAGCGGACAUAGCGCUUGUUCAGGCUCUAGUUGACGGCGCGGCGACCCGCAUCUCCCACAGGAGCGACCUCAGGGUGGCAGGGUUCGUGCAGGACCGCACUCUACGACGUGACAAGAUGUCGCCAGGCCUACCGGUUUACGAAAUUAGAGCCUCGACAGAUCUGACUGCAACGGUCUGCGUAGAGAGGAGCACAGGCAGGAUUGUUGCGCAGUACAGAACGAAACUGGAGCACUUAAAGGUCGAAGUGAGGAGACAAGAGAGACGCUUCUUGGCAUAUGUGAGCAAUGCAAUGGCCUUGCUGCGGGGUGUCAUGCAGUAUUGUCAUGGGGUUCAGAGAGCAGGAGUGGAGCUUUCGGACUACAAGCGGUUGCAGUCGAACACACGUGGCCCGCUCAGGCAGGGCAACGGAAUAGUGCUGAGCCUAGUCGAAGCAUUAGAAGGCGCGCAGGCCUUGGGCUAUGAAGUCCGUAAAGAAGUUUUGCCUAAGCACGGCGAAAAUUUCAGGGACUUAGACUCGGGAGUCCCAGUGCACGCGGUCCCUCUCGAGAUAGUCAACGUAGCGCAGCGUGACAACUGCUACACAACAUGGCCGGUCUACGAGUUCGGUGAAGAAGCGUACAAGUUUCCCCCGGUCAGGGACUGGCCGAAGAUGUCGCGCACGAGACGAACGCUGUAUCUUGACGAAUGCUUAGGGAUAGAGCAAGGGAAAGAGGUAAAACCAGAAGGAGGAAAAGAGGAGGAACAGGCCCCCUCGGUGCAAGAGAGGGGGGACCAGAAGGAAGCGAAGGGCACGGCUGCAGGCGACGUGCCCGCAGAGAAAGUAGACGCAGGAAGUGCCACGGAGCAGCAGUCCGGAACGGAAAAACACAAAAGCGACGUGGCAAAAGACCCGCUCAGUAAGUUUCACAUGGAGGCUGACUGUCUGAGUUUGUGUCGUACUCUUGCGAAGGGUGCGAGCAAGCCAGCACAGGGGGAAGUGAGUCCCCCAAAGCCGGCGAUGUCUAGUCGGGCGACAGUUGAAGAGCUUCGCCUUCCAGUCGGUUCUUCAGCGUCAGCUUCUUCGUCUUCCUCAUCCAUAUCACACAAGAGGUAUGACCAGCUCACAAUGAGCGAGCGGAAAAGGUUUGCAAAAAGGCUUCCCAAGGUAGCGCGUGAGGGCUCAAACGCGUUGAGCUGGGGUGAGGGGGUUGAUCGAUCUACCGCUUUAGCGGAAGACGAGAUGUGUCUUACUGAGCAGGGAGUUAGCCCCUCGCACUCUGCUGGCUGUUCCCCAAAGAGUUGGCAGCCAGAAAAGCUAGUGAAGGGGUCGCCGGAGAAGAAGCUGCGAAAAGUGGCGCAGCCGAGUACGGAGGACGCGACUAGCCAAGAAAGCAGGGGCACCGAGAAGGCACGGACAGUGUCUAGCAGUGGCGUCCUCGGCAGUAGCCUCCCGAACGGAGCUACCAGAGAGGCAAAGCGCAGCGAGGGGGGAAGUGAGGCUGCUUCGUUGAGUGCGGGGCGGGCUUCGUCGCCUGUGUGGCCAGGGGUCUCAGAGGGUAAGCAAGAACGAAGCGACAAAGCGCGUCAAGCGUGCACGGGGGCGGAACUGCCGCGACGUACGUUUGCGUCGGAUGUCCAGGUGGGGAAAUUCCAGAGGUUGCUGGAUGUAGUCCACUUAAUGCUACCGUCGAACGACGGCGAGGCCGGGAGGGGCACUGGACAAAAGCAGGAGGCCCCACUGGAGUGUGAACAACUCUCACCCAGGAGUUGGGGCGAGAUGUUGCGCCGGGUCACAGGCAGGAAGAAGGAGGAUGUAGAGUGACGGUAGACGAUUCUGCCACUCUGCAGCCAAGUUAGCAGCUAAAUAGUUUCGAUUUGAACCACUGAGAUUUUGCCACAUUGAGACUUUGCCACAUUCAGACUGAUUAGAACAUUCGCACAGAAAGCACAGAAAACGAAAGUGUCAAACUUGUGCUAGAAAAUAAGUGAGAACGAAGAAAAACGGCAACAGCAGUGUACUACAAGAGUAAAAGGGUAGUUCCCGCCAUUCUCCUUGCUCGUGCAGGAGGUGGCGUGUAGUUUCGAGUAGGCUUGCACGGUGUUCGGCGGGAUUAGUGCUCCGCAGCCCUUGGGUGUUAUGCAACCGAAGCUAAUCGGUGGCACAAUACGGAAUCAGCUACGGUCGAGGGGGGCUUGAGAGGUAAAGGGGAUUGCCGGCUACCCUUAAUAGGUAAGUUCCGUCGCGACUCCGGCUUACGACCCCCGUCCCCCCUCCCGCCCUUUGCUUCUGUUGCAGAAUAAGUCAAGGGUCGCACUAAGACUUCCACGCACAAACUAAACCUUUAAGUUGUCGCUGUGCCCCAGGUGGGUUGCCAGUCAGCAGUGACAAACAACUGGCCAAUGGUUUGACAUCUCCGGUCCGCGGCACUUGCCUUUUUCGUCCGUGCCGCAGGUAAGGCACAAAUGGUCCAGCCUCCCCUGUCUGGGUGGGGUUGCGGCUUAAGGGAGAGUCUCGCCCCUUAGCCCAAAGGGGUACGUCGUCUCUUCCGUGAGAACAAAAACUUAUGGCGUAAAAUGGGUCGGGUCCUGGAUCGUUCUGUAUGUUGGGCUGUCGCGCUCAGCUAGCUGGCCGGGCUGUACUGAUCAGGUGUGGUGGGUAGCUCCCGACUGGUUGGUACUUCUAUUGGGGCGACUUGCCGUGGUAGCGCUCGGCUUUUGUAUGUGGAGGUCGCCGAAAGUGCUUCCUCGCCCACCCCCCGGGGAGGGGAUCCUUGACCUGUGGCGCUGGGAGCGGGUGUCCACUACAUGAUGAUGAUGAUGCGUGAUUACGAAAGGCUGUCCACUUUUGAGCCAAUCGGGAGGCGGUUUCCCAUGCAGGAUAGGCAUGAUAGAACUCUCACAGAAUCUGUCAUGCUAUGUCUUACAUACCAGACGCAGACCUCAUGGGUCAUGGAAAACCUGCAUGACUAGUCUGGCACUCUUCCAGACCCAGACACUUUUGCGUUUGAUACGCAGGGGUUUGUCACCAAGCUGUGGAAGCCCAUCGCGGAGCAAGAUGACGAGAACGACACGGACGAAACCUCGGUGCAGGUCGUUUCCACCGAGAAUUUAAGUCCGGCGGAGUUGGAGAAGUUAGAAAACGAUUUGAACUCGCGGCCGCUGACGACGUCGGAUGAUCAGCACGAUUGCAACACGGAGGGCUGUGUGAAGGUGAUGUUUACCGACCCGGAGUUGAACCAGUCCCCAGACAGGAUCUUUUCCCUGAACCAAGUGAAGAAAGCAACCCGGGUGGUGGAAGAUCGUGUUGGGAUUGUUUUCCUGCUCGGAAUGGAAAUGCUGGCGGGAAUGCGCAAAAUGUUUGUGCUCGGUAGAAGUUGUGAAAAGGGUAGCAGGCACGCUGCAACGACAGAUGUUUUUCGUCGCGAGAAGCCGCAACAUCAUGGGUCUUCCCUACAGAACAUGAAGAGGACCAAAAGUGCGCACAAAGGAGUGCGUCUGCACCAUCUGCAUCAGAAGCAGGAUUGUCAAAUGUUUCUGUGAAAGAACGACCUUUUGAAACUGUACAAAUCGUAUUGUCGUGUCAUCUUCCGCGUGG